AUGCGCCUUCGGGUAUCAGCGAUAAGCUUCGUAAGAAAUGCGCCCGGUCGCGCCAGUCCUCCCAAACAAACAGGAGACACGAAAAAUCGACCAAAAUUAUCACAAAAUAUUUUCUACAAAUAUGUGACACUUUCUACAGAUGUACCUGUGGGUGACAUUGAUUAUCCUGCUAAUAGUGUAAAUUUUGAUGUGAAUGCUUUAAGUUUCCCUGGACCUCAAGUGUAUGUUGUUACUCCAUCGUCACGAUCAGUACGAAAAGAUGAAAAUAAAAUAGCACCGUUCUACUAUCACAAAUGGAUGAGAAGAAUGGACUCAGAUCAGAACGUUACCACUCCUACGACACCGGCACCAACAGUGAAGACACCUGAUUUGAUAUUUGCGGAAUUUGAAUCUGAUGGGAGUAAGCAAAAAUCAAUAAGAAAAUUAUUAGAAAAAGAGAAAAUAGCAAAAACGACAACAAUGAGCCCUAUUUACGUUCCUGACAAUGAAGAAAACAAAGUUACGCGUGUGGUAAAUUAUGGUUUACCAGUAAAUCUAAAUAAUCAAGAUACUGCAAGCAAGGACGAUUCUGCUGAAAAAUCAACUUAUCCUUUUAUGUUCGAUAACGAUUAUUAUAAUAAUGUGCAAGAGCCUGUAUAUUUACCUUCGACAACGCAAUCAACGACCAAAGCUACGACGACGACCACUAAAGAUACACCUACCAAUAUAGAAAAUAUAUGGCAUAUAAUUGAUGAUGAAAAGCUAAAUCAGUAUUCUGGAAAAUGGCAAGAAGUAGAAGUUAACGCAAAAGGUGAAAAUGUAAAGAAUAGUGAUGGAAAUAAUGAAUAUACAUAUGAUAACCAGAGACAAUUCGAAGAUGAGGAACAUCGUCAACAUAACGAAGACGAAAGUGAUGAAGUAAAGAUAGACGAAAAUUUUUCUUUACCGGGGUUUGCUACAAAUUCAGGUAGUGGAGCCGAAAAUGAAUCAAGAGCUAUACGUACUGAACCUAACAUAAGAUUUCCAUAUGUCAAUCUUAAACCAUUCCAAAUGAAAUCAUUAAAAAAGCCGUCUCAUAACAAUUUAUCGAACAACAAGAAAAAUGGUAAUUUAUUAACCAACUUGGAUAAUUUUUCUGACUUAAAACAUCCAGUGAGAGGAGAAGCUCAAGAUAUUAGUCCUGUCGGUCCACUUAUUGACCGUUACAAUCCAGCACAGCCAUAUUUACCACAACCUAAUUAUGGUAGUAAAUUGUCUAAGCAAUCUAGUCCCGUUUAUGCUCCACCAAAGGCCACUGCUAAUUUAGUUCCUCCACCACCCCCUCCUUCAAAAGCUAGUGAUGACGAUUUCCCUGCUCCAGUUAGCUAUGAUUCGUUUCCUCCUUAUGCACCAUCCGAUCCAAGCUAUAACCAAGCAGGAUCACCACCGUCUUUACACACACCAUCGGUUUCUGUUAAUUCACAUUUUUUAAAUACUCCUGAUAACUCAAUGAUAUCUGAUUCGAGUGACAGUGACGAUAUGCCAAUGAUGGACUUAGGAUACCGUUAUAAGCCGCCAUCGGAUAAAGAAAAUAGCGAUGAUAGUCCAACGUCAAAUAUGGGUUAUGAAUACAAACCACCUUCACCACCUAUGCCACAAUUCUUUCCAACAGUUCCACCAGAACCGAAACCUUUCGCAGGCUAUUCCUAUAAUAAACCUAGUCUGAUUGCUGAUAUUGCCCCAGUGGCUGUAGCUGAUAAGCCUGAAGUACAAGGGUAUCAUUAUAGCAAGCCAGAACCAUCCAAACCAACGUCUGACUAUGUGCCACAAAGCUACGAUUCACAUCCUACUUAUAGUCAUGAUGAUUUGCCACCUCAUGGUCACAAUUCUGACUAUCCUGAGUUUAUAUUCCAAAAGCCACAUGAUGAUACGAAAGGAGGUAAGGAUAUGAAGGUUCAUGAUAUAGGAAUGAUGCCACCUUCACCACCAUCUGAUAUGAAGCCAGAUAUGUAUGGACCUCCGAUAAAUGAUCACGGUUUUCCAGUUGACUUUCCAACAGAUUUUAAAUUUCAUCAUGACUUUGACGAUCACGACCAUGACCAUGAUCAUUAUCAUUAUCAUCAUCCUACAACAACAUCAACCACCGAAACGCCCCGUGUUAAUAGAUUCAGUUACUAUUAUUUGGGAAAGAAAUUAUACUACCUACCGUUGUACUUUAGUGUUUACUUUAUAAUAUACGUCGGAGCUUUGAUAAUUAAGGCCGUACUGCGUCACAAGAUCGUUUAUCCUAAUAGUUGGAGACCAAACACUACGACAGCAACUUUCUUUUCAAAAAGAUCCGUUGAUGAGUUUAUGUCACACGAAAACUUGCACGAACUUACGAGGAAAGUUACUCACGCAAUUGCAACGGCUGCAGAGAAAUACAUGAGUAGUAAAAAUAGAAAUGUAUAA